UGGGAAAGCGAGGCUGAGCUAAACGAGACACCAUAGACUUCCAACUCGGCCUAGAGCGUCCUUUAAAGUGUUGGGGAGAGGCGGGCGGGGACCACCCCCAACUGGCCGCUGGCGGUAUCAUGGCAUCCCGGAACCCCCCUCCCCAAGAUUAUGAAAGCGAUGACGAAUCUUACGAAGUGUUGGAUUUAACUGAGUAUGCAAGAAGACACCACUGGUGGAAUCGAGUAUUUGGCCACAGUUCUGGACCUAUGGUAGAAAAAUACUCAGUAGCUACCCAGAUUGUGAUGGGUGGCGUGACUGGCUGGUGUGCAGGAUUUUUAUUCCAGAAGGUUGGAAAACUUGCUGCAACUGCAGUAGGUGGUGGUUUUCUUCUUCUACAGGUUGCCAGUCACAGUGGCUAUGUACAGAUCGACUGGAAGAGAGUUGAAAAGGAUGUAAACAAAGCAAAAAGACAGAUCAAGAAACGAGCGAAUAAAGCAGCACCUGAAAUCAACAAUAUAAUUGAAGAAGCAACGGACUUUAUCAAGCAGAACAUUGUGAUAUCCAGCGGCUUCGUGGGAGGCUUUUUGCUAGGCUUGGCGUCUUAAGGACUUGAAGGCUCCAUGGUAGUGGAUCCAACAGUGAGAGGAAGACUGUGGCAGCAGGGUGAUCUCUUAACGGCACAUGCUACUAGAGUCUCCAAAGUAGGAAGAGCCGGCUGAACAGUGCAAAGGCAGCGGCUUAGUGCUUUGCCACCUGAAGCUUACUAUGCUAGUAUCUGCUGUAAGACAACCUAUGCAGUGUGUAAACAAUAGAAUUCUUGAGCAGUCAUGGAUUUUGCAAACUUUUAAAUGUAUAUUUGUUUAGAAACUAGCCUAUGAUUAUCAUCACUGGAUAGAGUGGAGACAGAAAAAGCUGUUACGUGUACUGUCCAAUGAAAUAUUACCCUACCUUCUUCUCAAAGUUCUUUGUGCUUCACUGUCUAGUGCUAAGAAUUAAAAUUUGUCUUAUAGCUUCAAUAGUAUGGCUGACUCUUUUUAUUGUUUUACCCCUUUGUGGAAGGCAAUAAUAGAAUUAAGAUAUUCAACUCUUCUGAUGUAUUGAUCUUUAGGUUUUUCUCCCUUCUGUUUCUUGCUUAUGUGUAACCUUUACAUUAAAGAAAGCUUUUGUAAUGAAAUACUACAUGGCUAAAACACUUUUCCCUUCUCUAAUGUCCACAGUUUUUAAAACGGCUCCUUAUAUGUUCUAAUUUUUCGAGUUUGAUUUAUUUAUCCCUGAUAGCUUAGAUAGAACUAAUUUGGGAGUAUGUUAUUAGUUGGGUCAUUGACAUGCUUUAUUAAAUUUAAAUGCAUCUCAUGUUUUUAUUUCUAAAAGUCCUAAAAGUCCUAAAAGUCCCCAAAAGGUACCGGUUGCUUUAUAAUACUUAAUAGUAUAAUAUGAACCUAUUGUCUGAAGAACUGUGAUUUUCUGUGUAGUCAUAAAAUUAUAACUUAAAUAUAAUUGCUUCCUUGAUUAUGCGAUGUAAGCACUAGGGCUCUCAGGCAUUGCUAGCAUUACAUUUCUUGAACACUAGGCCAGUUUACUUGUUUCUCUGGGCCGGCCUCACAGUUGUUCCGAGCAUCUCUUGUCCAAGAACAGCUUUCAGUGUUGUUAUUCUUGUUCAUAGACUUCUAGGUUGUCCCUGGGGGAAACAGCAGAACAGUAUAGGUUAGCGUCUUCAGACUGGAAAGAUUGCAGCUACUCAGACUAUCUCCCUGUGAUAGGAAGCUCCCAUUAUGUAGUGUAUCUUGUAAAUGUGUCAUUUCAUAUUUUUUGAUAUUGGUUACAAGCUGUGUGCUUGUAGUGUCUUGAAAUUCUUUAAACUCAAAUGUGCGAUUGAGUUUUCAUUUCUUUUAUUCUCAUUAGUGCCUCAUACAAAAUGCUAAAUAAAACUCGGUUUCUUAAUAUGAA